CACUGCGAAACUGCGACAUGGGGACACAUGGCUGCCUGGGGUAGCUGUAAACCAAUACCAGCAGGUACGCUCAGUAGCUGAGGGAAAACCUGGGAAUGCUUCAGACCACACCUUCAGAAGGCUGGAAUCUUACCAACCAGGUCCUGAAGAACUAACAGAGGACCACCCAUCAGACUACAGAGGGUUUUUUCUUGCAUCCAGGCUGGAGUUAGCCCAAAGAUACUACUGAGGGUGGACAAUGAACAACACUGCUAAGUGCCAUGAUGAUCACACCCUGGAUAAGUAUUUGUUUCCAUUUGUGUACAGCGUUGUGAUGAUAAUCAGUAUUCCCAUCAACUGCCUAUCCCUCUACGCAUCUUGCGUUCAGGUGAGGAAGAAGAACGAGCUAGCAGUCUACCUCUUCAGCCUGUCCCUGGCUGACCUUUUGUACUCUCUGAUCCUGCCUUUGUGGAUUGAUUAUGCCUGGAAUGGAGAUAACUGGAGGCUCUCUGCCUCGCUUUGUCGGAUUUCUGCCUUCCUUAUGUAUAUGAAUUUCUACACCAGCACUGCGUUCCUCGCUUGCAUUUCUCUUGACAGGUACCUGGCGUUAGUUCACCCCUUGAAGCUCCAGCGCUUGCGCACAAGAAGAUUUUCGUUGAUUGUCAGUGUAAUUGUUUGGUUUCUGGAAAGCAUCUUGAAUUCAGUCAUAUUGGUGAAAAAAGAAGUAUUCAAUGAUCCUUGCAAUUUCACUAACCAUACAUUAUGCUAUGAUAAAUACCCCCUGGAAUGGUGGCAGGCAGAGAUAAAUUUGUUCCGGAUAUGCUCAGGGUACCUGGUCCCUUUGAUAAUCAUUGUGUUUUGCUACCAUGAGAUCUACCGAGUAGUGAGAGGUAAUCAAGCCACAGUAGAUGAAGAAAAGAAAAAAGUGAGGAAGCUAAUUCUGAAUAUCACAGUUACUUUCAUUGUUUGCUUCACUCCUUAUCACGUUAUGUUGCUUAUUCGCAGCAUCAAAGAACCUCACACCAGUGACCCACAGGUUUUGCAGUCGAUGUAUAAGGUUUACAGAAUCACACAGGCUUUAACAAGUUUUAAUUGCAUUGCCGAUCCCAUUCUUUACUGCUUUGUGAGUGAAACUGCACGAACAGACAUACUAAAUUUGUUCAGGUGUUGCUUAUGCCUACAAAAAUGUGAGAGAGACCAAGGGAAACACCAUGCUCCGUACAGUUCUGCUACAAAGGGCGUAACUUCCUGUGAAACAGAGACUGUCAGAAAUGCCUGAGCGAGCACAUUCAAGGCAACAUUGGGUAACCUAAAGGGGAAAAAAAAGAAAAUUCUUCCCCAGUCUGUACGUAGGAAUUACCCCAAAAGUCACAGAUACUAAUCUAAGUAUCUGGACCUAAUAAGAACUUAUUACAGGGUUAAUGAAGUCAAUGGAGCAUCAACAUGUAUCUUUAAAUCAGGCAUGGUACCUAAACCAAUGUCAACAAACAAACGCACAGUGAAGAAUGAUGACCACAACAUGCUGACAAAAUUACUGAGGAUCCCUCACAGAACUGCCUCCUGUCACAGCUUGCCAGCCAUCCCCUGUGCUGAGCAUACACGUACUUGGAUGGAGGAAGGGUGAAGUCCUCUUAACCAAGUCAUUUGUUUUUCAGUUUUAGUAGAAACCCAAAGCUUAGCUGGGAAGGAACCCCCAAAGGGAUUUUUUUAGCAAAUCGGUACUGUGGCAGAAGUGAAUAAAGCAAAGCACACACACACAUGGAGAAUCAUUCAAAUGAUUCACUAAGGAGCAGACAGAAGAUGGUAAAUCUUCCCUCUAAUUUCAUGGUGUAAUUUAUGCUGCUAUGAUGGUUCCUGUAUUUCAGUAAUGACUCAAAUUCUCCUUGGUUAAAAUUCUUUACCACAUGUAGACAGGUACUUACCUGUUCUUAAGCUUCUCAACUUUUGUUUUCUUUGGAAGAUGUAUGUUCUAAUGUAUAGCCAUAUGUCCUGCAGUUUCAUUACAAUAUCAAUAUUGGGUUUCAGAUAGUUGAAGAUUUAUUACUUCGAGUAAUAAAAAAGUAAGGAGCAAAAUUAUAUCCACCAGUGGUUUAACUUGGAUGAAAUUUUUCCUGAUGUAUGCAGGGAGGAAAGGGAAGGAUUGAAAGGUGAGGUUCCAUAUCUCCACAACGUAAAGAACCAGCCUUUAGCCUUGCUUAUUAUGACUGAAAUCUGGAACGUGGUUACAUUUGCACAGUCUAUACAGCAAGAAGGUUUAUAUCCAUUUAUUGGCAUAUAAAG